AUGUAGAAUAUGUAGUUGUACCAUCUUGGUGGAUAUUAGAAAUUACAACAAUAGAAAUUUCAUCAGUAGAAAUUUCAACAAAAGAAAUUUCAUCAUCAGAGAUAUUUUCAUUAUUAGAUAAGAUAGAUAUUUUUUAUUUUUUAGAUUUAAAUAUAAGAGAAAAUAUAAGAGAAAAUAUAAGAGAAAAUAUAAGAAAAAAUAUAUAA